UCUUCUUUUGAAACAACACAGUACAAAAUAUAUCUUCUUUUGACACAACACAGUACAAAAUAUAUCUUCUAUGUACACAACACAGUACAAAAUAUAUCUUCUUUUGACACAACACAGUACAAAAUAUAUCUUCUUUUGACACAACACAGUACAAAAUAUAUCUUCUAUUUACACAACACAGUACAAAAUAUAUCUUCUAUUUACAUAACACAGUACAAAAUAUAUCUUCUAUUAAUACAACACAUACAAAAUAUAUCUUCUAUUGACACAACACAGUACAAAAUAUAUCUUCUAUUGACACAACACAGUACAAAAUAUAUCUUCUAUAGACACAACACAGUACAAAAUAUAUCUUCUAUUUACACAACACAGUACAAAAUAUAUCUUCUAUUAAUACAACACAAACAAAAUAUAUCUUCUAUUGACACAACACAGUACAAAAUAUAUCUUCUAUUGACACAACACAGUACAAAAUAUAUCUUCUAUUUACACAACACAGUACAAAAUAAAUCUUCUAUUUACACAACACAGUACAAAAUAUAUCUUCUAUUUACGAAACACAGUACAAAAUAUAUCUUCUAUAGACACAACACAGUACAAAAUAUAUCUUCUAUUGACACAACACAGUACAAAAUAUAUCUUCUAUUGACAUAA